CUCCAAUCUCGAGCGCAACCUGAUUCCGGAAAAACUGGGCCACUGCAGCCGUGUAUAAGUAUUUGCACAGUGCUGACCGCACAUUUUCUGAACGAACGCCUUUAUUAACCCUACCCAGUCUCGUCUGCUUCAGUUCAAAGGAUAGACCUCUCUCCUAUACCUCGGAAACCCAAAAAACCCCUCGUUCUGCCCCCAAAAACCACAUAUCACACCGAAACCAUGUCAUUCCAAGGCACCCCUGCACACACGCGACCAAGCGCCACAAGGACUAACACCAGUUCGUCGGUCAUGACCGUCAGCACGGUCUGCACCACCCCGAUUGACGAAAUGCGCAACUUUGGCGACAGCUGGUUUGAGAGCCAAGCCGUUUCCGUCGCCGAAUACUACAAGCAAAAGGAGCUGAGGAAGAAUCCCGCGCCUGCCCUCAAGGGCUACGGCGAGGCUCACUUUGAGGACUUUGCCGCCCAGUACGAGGCCUACCAGGCCAAGCGUGCUGCCGCGUGACUAGCACGGUCUUUCGAAUCGAUCGAACGAAACCUCAAUGAGCAAUUCCGUUCUCGAUUAUGAGUGGUGGGAGGAAAGAAUUGAUCUGGAUGCAUGAAUGUAGCACCCAAGAACGAAACAUUUGCGCGGGGGCCCGGUUACGGCACUAUUAUUAUACAACAUGAAAGGGUUUUCGUAUCGCAAGCGGUGGACACAUUUAUUCACAUUCCGGCAAUUCGAAGAUUUCAACACCCGGGGGGAGGCGUUUCAAGUCGAUAUCAUCAUCUGAGCGGACGAUAUUGUGUUCAGAUCACAGCCUGGAUCCGGAUUUUUCUUUGGUCUCUUUUUCUUAAUACUUUGCAUAGAACUAUGACAUGAGGUUUUCGAGGUUGGGUACACAUAUGUGGAUGGAAGGGUUGACUACUUUAGAACUUUGGUCUAGAAGUGACGGACGGGAUGAUUUAUAUGUUUGAUAAUAUGCAGGAUAUGUUUAGCUGCGGAUCAGAUUUACUGAGUAGAGAGGAACGAGAUUAAUACAUGAUAUGAUCAAGCAGACAAAAA